AUGUCUAAGACUAAAGAAAGCGUGGCGACGUGCGCGCUGGCGUGGAGCGUGCGCGUGCAGGAGGCGGUGGGCGGGGCGCCGUCCGGCGUCGCCGCGCUGCUCUCGCUGCAGAAGCUGCAGCGGGUCGCCGUGGCGCUCUCUUGCGGGCGAUUGUUUCUGGUGACGUCGACACGGCCCGAGGCGGAAGGCAGCUUCGUGCUGUCGGAGCUCGGCGCCGCCACGGAGCUCCGUUGCUUGGCGGCCGUGCCCACGCCGCACGGGUUCGAGGUGUGGGCGGGCGGCGACGGGCUGUGGGCGUACCUGCUGGGCGCGGCGGGCGUGUGCGGAGCCGAGCGCGUACGAGCCGACUCCGCCGUGGCACUGCUGGCCGCCGCCGACGAGCCCUACGUCGUGGCCUACUGCGACCCCGGCGUGUGCGUCUACGCAUGGUCCGUGCUGUCUCGGCGCCAGACCGCGAGGCUGGACUGCAGCAAACUUGCUCCGUGCUCGGAGAGUUUGCAGUCUAUAUCCAUAGAUGAACGACUGUCCGCCGAACGUUGCAAGGUGACAAGUUUGUGCUGCGUGGGCAACUUAGCGUACGUAGGAACAGCUUGGGGAUGCGUGAUCGUCGCUGACGCGCCCACGCUGAGACCGCUCACGGUCUUCCGACCUUACGAGCAGGACGUGGUGGCGAUGGUCCCCCUGUUGCCCCACGACAGCUCGCAUACGCCUAUGCUGGCCACGCUGGGCAGCGGGUACCGCCCGCUGCUGCAGCGUUUUGCUCCUAAUAACCAGCAAUCAACCAACAACGCAUCGGCGCACAGCGGUUUCUACUGUUUACUAUGGCGAGCGCAUCACUGGCUGCCGGAUUGAAUCUCUCCACUAAUAGUACACUAACUAGCUCUAAGCCAGUAUCGAAGCUAUGCUAGAUGUGAAAAAAAUUACUAUACAUAAGUGACGAUUGACACGAACUUCACCCAAAUAGAAACUAGGUAUUUUUGUAGCCAGGCCCAAUGACUGGCAAGUCAACGUGAUUUUCAAAAAGCUUUUCAUUUCAGAUUAUUUCCAGUGGUUUUACAUAAAAAGCAAAAUGCUUUUAUUGUCUUUAGAAAAUGAAUUAAUUAUAUUUGUAUUUUUUUUUCAAACAAACCAACGUUUUGGGCCCUUUACAAGUCCCAUGAUCACGGCCGUGAAAAAUAGUUUCUUAUGUAUAACAAUCGCGAAAACCAAAGAGCCCUUGUCUUUUUUUACAAGACAUAGAGCAGACAUUGAAAGAGAGCUAAACGCUCGUGGUAAAUGAGGAUGUUGUCGAGAGCUAAUUAAGUCUAUUUAUUCACUUUCACCUUGAAACGGCUCAAGGUGUAUUUAUCACUGAAAGAUCAACAGGCAGAGAAUUCCACUUCUCACCUGUCCACAUUACGAAGAAGAAGCGAAGAACUUCGUGAGUAUCGUGUGUUAAAAAUAAAAAUUGUAGCGAAUUUUCAAAAAAUUAUAGCCUGUCUUUUUUGAAAACGGAGUAAAAUGGCAUUUGCAAAGUU